AUGGUCAAGCCUACAGUUCUUGCGCUACUGGCGCUAACCUCCCCUGCUUGGUCAAUGCCCCAGACCGCGGUGACCAACCUCGCCAAAUGUACCGACUGGUGUUACAAGAACUACGCCAACCCGUCGGCCACCUGCGUGUUUCCUGCGUUGACGGGAAAGGGCCCGUGCUAUGUCUGCGGUCCGUUCAAGACCUCGCAGUCACAACAACCGUGCAACGGAGCUUGCACGGAUACCAACACCGACUCGAAGAAUUGCGGCGCCUGCGGUAACGCGGUAGGUCCAGACCCUGUGUGCUCUCCCCCCGUGCAAGCAUUCCCAGGGUAA